GAAGUACUCGGCUGCUCCUUGUAAUAGUAUCAACUUGUUUAAUUUUAAUGGGAAUAUUUAAAUCAAUUAAGAAUUCAUUUAACAAAAUCGAUAAUCAGGGAGGUAACGCUCCAGCUACUGAGUCUUAUCCCACUGGUAAUGCAAUUGUGCCACCUCGGGUACUCUCCCCAGCGGACGUUUACAGAUUCCGUAAGCAAAGGGGUGUCAAUCUAGGCAGUUGGUUCGUAUUAGAGAAGUGGAUAACCUGGUCACCCUACAACCAUGCGAAGAGUCCAGCUCAAAGUGAUCACGAUGUGGCAAGAGGUGGAAAUGCACAGCAAAUCAUGGAGCAUCAUUACGAGAAUUGGAUUAAAGAAAGUGAUUUCGAAUGGCUCAGUCAAUUGGGUAUAAACACCGUGAGAAUACCUAUCGGCUAUUACCAUUUCUCGAAAUAUUUAGGUGAUAACUACCUAGAUGGAACUGAUUUCGAAGGUUUAGGUCAUGUUUAUCAAAAUACAAUCAAUUAUAUUGAAAGAGCAGUCGAUUGGGCAGAAAAAUAUAAUCUUGGCGUACACUUUGAUCUACAUUCAGCCCCAGGAAAGCAAAACCACGAUGACCAUUCAGGUAGAUCAGGUCCUGCUAUCAAAAUGUGGAAAUCACGCAAUAUCGAAGUACUUAAAGAAGUACUUAGGUUCCUAGUGGGCCAUUUCCAUCAACGUGAUAACGUAGUUGCAAUCGAAUUAAUUAAUGAACCUGCAAACAAUGAUCAAUUACAGAGUCUUUAUCUUGAUCUUUUGGGUCAAAUUCGUACAAUUACACAUCCACAUUUCCCAAUUGCAAUCGGUGAUGCUUGGGAUACAAAUUGGUAUGCACAAUUAGCUGGUGGUAGAAAAGACUUUGUCAUCCUAGACCACCAUCUUUACAGAUGCUUCACUGAAGACCAAAUAAGCUCAUCCUCCUAUGAUCAUGCAGGUAGAUGCAAAGCUGAAUAUUUGGAAUUCCUCCAAGAUGCCAAGAUGAAAGCUAGAGAUAGUCUUAUCAUUGGCGAGUGGAGUGCAGGACUCAAUCCUCGCAGUAUGUUGGGAGGUAAUCACGACGAGCAGCGUGCUAUGUGGGCCAGAGCUCAACUUGAACUUUACGAAAAGACAGCUGCUGGAUGGUUCUGGUGGACUCUCCGUAAGGAGCAUGGUGGUGAUAGCGGAUGGGAUUUCAAGGAAGCCAUACGCACAAAUACUCUCCCACAUUGGCUUGGCGGCAAGCAAGGUCUGCCGGCCGAAGGUCUAGCUACACUAGAAGAAAGGGAUGCUAAAUGUGAUGAAGCGACUGGUCAGCAUGCCGGAUAUUGGGAAACACAGAACAUUCCAGCCAGAGAACAUUGGAGGUUUGUAGAUGGUUUCAAGCAAGGAUGGGAUGAUGCUGUUAUGUUCGCUUAUCAUCGUCCAGGUACAGGCCACGUCGUUGGUCGUUCUGAGAUUGGUUUCUUUGGAAAGUGGAUAGAAGCACGCAUGGACGAACACUUUGCUUAUAGAGGUGGAUCUAACAAUAUCUGGGAAUUCGAACAUGGUUGGCGUCAAGGGCAUGAUGCUGCUGUUGCUGCGUUGGGCGAUUGAAAUUAAUAUAUUUCGCAACCUUAUACGAAUUAAUUAUACCCUUCAUACAUCUAAUAAAUCAAAGACAUUUUGCCGAUAUUUGUGUCUCAUCGCCGUCUUAUAUGUCAUUGUUUGUCUAGACUUCUUGGAGUUUGAGCAUGCCGUAUAAGUAGUUUGAACUAUACAACCAACAUGAAAACAAAUUUCAUUGCUCUCGCAUCAACACUUCUUAUUGCUACUACAGCUUUCGCUGUGUCCAUUCAUGAUGGUAUGUGUGGAAUUAUAACAUAGCUUCAUUCUCACGCCCAAUUCUAAUAGACAAGCGUACGCCAGUAUACAUCUCCUUAGAAGACCAAUAUGAAGUUAACCUCGAACAACGUUUAAACAGUAAGAUUAAAGUUGAAGAUUUUCUCUUUCUAAACGACCAAGUAGAAUUUGAAGCAGAUAAGAAUGAAAUUGAAGCCUUAAGUGAGUAAGAAUCAAUUUAGAGAAGUUUCUGAUGAAGUUUAGUCAAGCGACUCGUCAUAGCUCUUGAGGAUGGAGGUGACAACGAAGCGGAUGAAGACGGUAAGUCGACAUAGCCUAAACAUUGGUUCUCCUAACAUCCGACAAAGAUAAGCGUGGCUUAGAUUUAGAUGUAAAGAUCCUUAAAGCUGAUAAGGAAGAAAUUACUGGUAAGCACAACUACGGUGCAUGGAAAUAAGCUACGACGUAAUGAUACGACAUCACUUUACCUUUGUCAACGUUAAUGCAGAACAGCUUUUAAUGCCAAAUAUGCAAUGUAUGAAUUAAGUAGUAUUUUAAUUAUGACAGUAUAAAUUAUAUAAUCCAGAUCUAGUAUCCUUUUUCUUUCAAUUAAGCGGCCGCAACGUCGUAAGCGAGCUCUCUUUUAGGUGCAUUCGAAUUCUUUCUUGGGUGUUCAUUACUAGGGAGCGUAGUUGAUGGUAGUCCUCUUUCCACAUAUGCAUCCUCAUGGUCUUCUUUAGGUUUUAUGUGCAAUACAAAAUGACCUGGAUUACCUAUGCGCAUUUUAAUAAGUUCGGACGACGUUGGCGGCAGUCUAGGAGGCCAUCUUCUAAUCAUAGACUCUUUAUCUUCAUUAGCAAGUUCAUACGGACGCUCAUGUCGAUGUAAGUCAAGAAUUUUUGUAUGUUCAUGUUUUUCAUUUUCACAUACUGAAAAUUCUGAAGUUGAUUGACUCGUAUGUGUUCGGAGAGAUGAAGUCCCAUCAUUGUAUCUGUUUUGUUCAGUGAAUUCUCUCACAACAUCUACUGUCGCGCCCAAAGCCUGCUUUGGGUUUAUUCUCAUGCCUUUGUAUUUUGAUAUGCGCGGCGCUAUCAGGUUUAUAUCCGAGAAUGAACCGUGUAAUGUCCCACAAAUUGUAAAUAACCAUGAUGGUAAUCCUUUUUCCUUCUGUCGUAGGUGUAAUUCAUACACUGAACGGAAGUUAUCGUGCCAGACGGUGAAUUGCUCAGAAUUUAUUGUAAGCAAUGGCACUUUUAUGUCUAAAUGUGGUGGUGUAAACACUGGAAAAGAUAUCGCGUCUCGAGGGAAUACUUCCCACCAACUCCAAGGAUCUAGGGUGAUACAUCUGACGAAGCCAUCAGACUUUGUUGCUAUUCUACAUACUGUAGCACCUCCAAAUGAGUGACCCAUGAAGGUCACAUCACGUGACGCAUCCAUAUAUUUCUCGAACGAGUCCCAAUUGACUUUCCUUGCAGACCCACUGACAUUUUUUCUAUGAUUGAUCAAUUCACAAGCUGGUCCUUGGCCAUCGGCGAUACGUUUGAGAUGCUUCCACGCCAUUUCGAGCUCCCGCAAUCGAAAAUCAAGCUGUUCAUCUCGCAAAGGAACAUGACUUUCCUCUUUCGUUGCAUCAUCAAACUUGAGUUGUUUCCAGUCAUACCAAGUGACACUCCGCGGUGUGCCUUGCUCACUUCGUUCGUUUAAGGGGGGAUAUACCCAUGUAUUCGGCGCGCUACCAUCGCGAUGUUCAAUUGCGCAUACUAUAUAACCAUGACUGGCUAAACUACCGCAGAGAUGACUGUACAUUCUCCUCUGACCACCUAAUCCGUGCGAGAAAAUAAUGAGGGGCCAUUUUCCAGUAGGGCAAGCGGCUAAUGGCGCAUUAGCGUACGCUGGUAUCUUUGUACUCCUCGCCAAUGCAUGCGCGAAUGAAACU